CAGUGUUGCAGCAUUGGAGGCUGAAUGUGUGUGAUGCAGAGAGAGGAGAGCCUCUACCGCUGUUGUUGCUGCCUCCCUUGUGCUGGAUUUCCUUGAAGGUUUGUCUUGCCUUUGAAGUGCCCAGGAAAAAAUAAGCGGCCCCCAGAGACUGAGGUUGAAGUUCAAAGCAAGAGAGGGAGGGGUGCUGCGUGUUUUUGGUAGACAGGAGGGGAACAGCAUUCACUGCACAUGCUAGGUUUUCCGCAUUUUCAGCAUAUCCCAUGACCCCAAAAAACAAAAAUAAUGGAUAAGAAAAGUGCAAAUGGCUUUCCUUCCAAGACAUCUGAGAGUGGACUGCAGAGGAAACAGCUUCCAUAUUCCAUAGAGACGCCCUAUGGGUUUCACCUGGAUCUGGAUUUCUUGAAAUAUGUAGAUGACAUCGAAAAGGGGAACACGAUCAAGAGGGUACACAUCCAGCGCAAGAACAGGGGGCCAAAAUACAGCACACUCCCACGGAACUUCAGCCUUCCUGGGCAUGGCGCUCGACCUGUAGCCAAAGAUACAUGGGCCAAUACUUCCACUUUAGGGUCCAAACCUAAGUCACGUGUCACUGAAGUCCAGCAGCUUUUCAAGUUCCAAGCCAGUGAUGCCACUAAUAGUAUCAGUAGUGGAAGCUCCCCUGCCAGCAAGUCAAAGGAUACUUAUCUCCCUUCCCCUAAAGCUGCGGAAGAGUCUCAAAUACAGACCUCCAAUGAACAGUCCAUGGGCCUUAAUGUCAGGCCUAAUUUGUUUAGAGCCUCUAGCAUGCCUGUUAACGUCCCACACCGGAAAGGUUCAGACUCAAAUGAUGAACAGAGAUCCAAAUCGCAAAAUGGCUCAGCAGAAAAACUUUUUCGGCCAGCGGACAGUGGCGACAGGAGAGGCAGUGUUCCCCAGGACAGGGCCAGCAUACACCAACAGAUCACAGCUGCGCUAAAAAGGGUGCGUGAGUUAGAGGAGCAAGUCAGGACCAUCCCAGAGCUGAGGUCUCAAAUAUGCUGUCUUAGAACAGAGAGGGAGCAACUGCUUCAAAUAAUUCAGCAGCAGCAGUCCAAACAAAAGAUCUCUUUGCAUUUGGAGAGUAAGGUUCCUCAAAAUAAAUCUCAAGGCAAAACUGUCUGUCCAGUUACAAUAGAGCGGACUGAUACUCCCUCCCUUUCCAUGGACACUAUAUCUGAUCAUGGAAAGCCUCAAGUAGUACAGUCAGACAAAACCACAGAACAACAGGCAGAGAAACAAAAUCUUUUGGCACAGAAUGUUGUAGAGAAAGAGUUUGACAAAUAUGAACCAGUAACUGAUGCAGAGUCAAAGAAGGAACACAUGCCAGAUCUGGUGUCUGUGCCAGUGAUACUCAUAGAGAAGGCAGAAACCCCCACUGAUCCAGAAGAACCAGAGAGACUUGUGAAGGAUUUUACACUUCAAACAGAAGCAUCAGAGAAUGUUUCGGAUCAAGCUGAAAAGCAGGAGAAAUUAUCAGAGACUUUGUUAUUAGAUAAACUGUUAGAAGGAAUUUCAGAAACAGAGGAAUCAGGCGCUACAUUUGAAUGUAUGUCCACUCAAGGAGAUGCUGUAAAAAAUGAGACUGCUCAGGGAUCAAGUGUAAUUAUAAUUGCAGAGAAUACAAUCUCCCAACCUGGUGAGCAGAAGCUUCUCACUAACCAGGAGCUAGAAGUAAAACUGAAAACUUUGGAAGAAUGUCUAAACAAGGCCAGCUGUGAACUGGAAAUGACAAACACCUUACUGAGGGAGCAGAUGGAUGAGAAUAGAAAAAAAGAUGAGAGAAUACAGGAACUGAUUAACAGAGCCGAGGAGCAAAAAACUCAAGGUCCUGAACCUGUUGUCACUUGUGAUGCAUCAGUCAGUACAGACAGCAAAAGUGUACUGGAGAAAGCAAUCUCAACAGAACCUCAACCAGAUGAUGGUCCCAAAGAAACAGACAUGAAAUGCUCAAGCACUCAAACAAAUUCUGUGGAAGCAAGAGACGUUGAAGUCUUGGCACAAGUCAUUACAGAAGACAAAACUGUAGGAGUAGAGAUUGUCAUGUGUGACCGGGCAAUGCAGAAUGAAGACCAGGAUAAUCUUGAAAGUAUCAGUCAUGGAGAAGUCUCUGAAAUUUUAGGGAAGACAGAUGCAGUAGAAGACAAUAAAACAGAGGGCGAUAUUGAAGAAAGUGUAUCAAGUCAAAUUAAAGAAACCGAGGUCAGUGAAAAUGUGGUUGCAGAGAGUUACAUUGAAGAAUAUGUAAUGAUAGAAAGUGUCAUGGUUGAGAAUAUGGCCAGUGAAAGUGAAGUCUUUAAGACCUCAGUUGCAGAGGAAGAAUCUGUUGAGAACGCAGGUGUUGAAAGCACAGUAUCAGACAAAACAAAAGUUGAACAAUUUACAGGUUUACAAACACAACAGGAGCAAAAGUACACACAAGAAGAAGAACCAGACUUUCAGUCUCAGAGGGCAGCUGAGGCCUCCGCUUCUCCGGCUGCAAUUGGUCAGGUUGUUAAUCGUAUACAGGGGCUUCUCAACGAGCAGUGGGCCAGCUUGGGAAGUGGGAGCCAGGAUGCAAAAGGAGAGAGCUCCCAGAAACCUCAUGCAUCCAAAAUAAGCUCAAUUCAAAGCCACCUGAGAGGCUCCCUUAGUGCCCUGUCUGCCUUCUACUCGCCUGUUCAGAAAGGAGGGGCUGCACAACAAUCUGGCUUAAAAUCCAUCAUGAAGAAGAAUGACUGUCCUGACAAGCAGAGCAACGGGAGAGCAAAGAAGAACUUGAAGUUUGUUGGCGUAAAUGGAGGCUAUGAGACCACCUCCAGUGAGGACUCCAGUGGGGAGGAGGAUCAAGACAAGGGGGAGGAGGUGGAUAGCUCAGAACCUGAGGUGGAGCAGGGAGAGGAGAAUGCAGUGACCCAGGAAGAGGCUGCUGUUACUGGGGAGGAAGGUGACACAGCUCAGGCAGAGUUGGCAGAGGGCUCUGGGGAACCUGAUGCCGGUCAGGUCGCCAUGAGUCCCCAGGAGGAGCAGCCUGUCAGUGAGUUAGUUGAUAAGAACUUCAUGGCUGCUUGUCAUUUCCUGAAGGAUCGCAUGGCUGAAGUUGCUACCCCAAAUAAAGAGAUGAGGCAAGUUCUAAUGGUGCUCUAUCAGGAGUGGUUCCGUGUGUCCAGUCAGAAGGACUCAGAGACUGAUACAGUCACUCUGUACCUGAGAGAAGUUGGCUUCCACACACCCACUCUUCUGCGCUACAUAGUGAACCUGGCUGAUGGUAAUGGCAACAUGGCACUGCACUACAGUGUGUCCCAUUCCAACUUCUCUGUGGUCAAGCUGCUAUUAGACACAGGGCUGUGUGAGGUGGAUCACCAGAACAAGGCGGGCUACACUGCUAUAAUGUUGGCAGCUCUUACUGCGGCAGAGAGCUCAGAGGACAUGGAAGUGGCUCAGCAGCUACUGAGAAUGGGCAAUAUCAAUGCACGAGCCAGCCAGUCAGGGCAAACAGCACUGAUGCUUGCAGUUAGUCAUGGCCGGACAGUGAUGGUUCAGGUUCUUCUGGAAUGCUGGGCUGAUGUGAAUAUACAAGACCAGGAUGGAUCCACUGCCUUGAUGUGUGCCUGUGAGCACGGCCAUACUGAAAUAGCCAAAAUGCUGCUGGAGAGACAAGACUGUGACACAUCACUCACAGAUAAGGAUGGACAUACAGCUUUGUCAGUAGCCAUGAAGUUUUCCCACUCUGAGAUAGUUCACCUUCUGAACGUUCGUGCUGAUCCAACCGCUGUCACAGAUCCUACAGCUCCACUCUGAGUCCAAAGGCCUUGUCUUCAUCCUCAACUGGCUCUGCCACAUUUAUCUUUCUACUGCCUCAAUCAGACUCUGCUGGGCAGCUCAACAGUCAACAAUAUUGAGAAAUUAGCAGAAUCUCUACCUAGCGACAAAUGGCCAAUCAGAAAAGCACUUCUGUACGAUAAUCAAAGAUGCCAUGGUUUAAAAAGGGCCACGGAGGGGGGGCUUGCCUAAACUUCACAUAAGGUCCUCAUUUGUCCUGAAGCACAGCUGCUGUAGCUAUUUUCAAGAUUUUACAUUUGCGUGGAUCAGUCAUGGUACAUUGUUACAUGUUUUGGCCUUCUAUUUUCAGGUAAUGUGACUAUAUUUUUGCGAAGAAGAAUAAUCUAUGAAUGUUAUCAAAGUAGUUAUCAGAUGCACAAUAUAUUUAUUUAUUUUUUUGAUUGCACUAUUCUGUAACAUUUUCCCCUGGGAUGAAUGUAAGGCCUGACUCAGUAUAGCCUGAUGUGUCCUAUGUGAUGGUCAUUGGGUCAGGCCCAGUACAGAACCAUUCCAGGGAAAUUAGAUUUAUAUUUGCAUAGUUACAGUAUGUUUCCAGUAUGUCUCCCCUUCAUAGUAUCUGUACAUCUCAGCAGAGAGUGAGGGACUGAUAAGAAAAAACCUGAGAGGUGAUUUAUAAAGCUUUAGUAUGAUGUUCUAGGAAAUGUUUGAAGCACUUAAAUGCUGGUCAAUGAAACUUGUGAAUUAUGUGUUAAUAUAACAACAUUGUUCCCUUCAACUGAAUAGUUUAGAAUGAAACUUUAUGACUGACAUAAUUUAUUUUAUCCAUUAUCAUGUAUUCUUUGUCAAAGUUUACAGUAUACUCUAACUGGCUGCAAUAUUAGCUCUUACUACAUUCAAACUAACCAUUUUGCAAACUGAAUAUAAGUUUUACAAGACAUAAAUUAAAUCAGCAAAUAAUAAUGGGCUAGACUGUUGUCACGUUCUCUGUACAUUGUGCCUGCUUGAUAUUAAGGCGUUGAACAUUGUGAUGAAGUACACCAUGUAAUGUUUAAUUACAAAUCAAUAAGUCAGCCGAACAAAAUAUUAAUAUAUAUGUAUACUGUGCAACAGUAUCUUGUGGGAGGUGCUGUGAACUAAUACCCAGAAAUGUAAUGACUUAUUUCCAAUUCUAUAUUUUUGAGUAUAUAGAAGUAUA